CUGUUUAUUUCACAGCUGUAGCUUAAUGUAAUCUGACGGAGUGGCCGCACACCUCUCUUCCGAGAACGAAAAAAUAUACAGAAAAGUGGCCAAAGUCUUUUAAGGUUGAAAUCCCUUUGAGAUAAAGGGUCAGCCAAGAUGACGAUUAACUUGGGUGUUAAAGCUCUUCUCGGCUGGGUCAACAGCAUAAAACUGUCCGACCGAGAAAUGACUAUUGACGAUUUACAAGAUGGCACGGUCUUACUGAAAGUUGUUUAUAUGCUGAAAAAGGAACUCAACAUCUGUUUCAGUCAUUCCAUUGAGGAUCGAUUCAAGCUCAUUGCAGACUUUUUGGAAAGGGAUUGCAGAUUUAGUUCAGCAAAAGGCACUUCCCCUUCUUGGGACAACAUAAGAGACGGCAGCAACCUAACUGUAGAAAUUGCAAAGGUGCUUUUGUUGCUUGUAUACCAUGACAUGAUGAAUGACCGCUGCACUCUGAGCAUGUUGGAAUGUGAUGUGGAGCGUGAGAUAGCAAACCUGACUGGUUCCUUUGUGAUGGAGAGCGAGGGCUAUGUUUAUCUGAGCAAUGGACUUGAUGCCUAUUUGGCAAGGAGGCAUUUGCCUGUCUCCCGGGAAAUAUUUGAGCGAUCAGCAACCACCUCUACCUCCAAUGUGUCGACACUGUCCUCGCUCUCAGAUGACGAGUCCCCCGUCUUCCACCGCACACAGAAAAUCACAUUUGUGGACAUGCAGACUGUGGCUUCUUCCUCAGUCAGCAAGUCUCCUCUGCAGGAUAUUAUGAACACACCUAAAUUUCAGAUGAGGAAGAUGCAACGACAGAUGAUCAAGGAGAGAGACUACAGAGAUGGACUGGAGAGGGAGCUGGCCAGCAAGCUUGCGCUCAUUGCACAGAGAGAGUCUCACAUUAACCAGUUGCAGUAUCGCCUGGAUAAGCUGAAAGAAGAGCAAGGUGAUCAGGAGCAGGUUAUCAGGGAACAAAUAAAUGAUCUUGAAACCAAGAACAAUGGUUUACAAAUGCGUCUUAAUGAGAUGUUAAAGCAAAAUAGAGACCUCAAGAGUACUUCCUCACUUAUGGAGCGUAAAGUGGAUGAGCUGACAGAAGAAAAUGGUGUUCUCUCUUCCCAGGUGAGGGCAGUGUGUUCACAGCUGAGCAUCUUUGAGGCAGAAGUUGGCAGGCUGACAGAAACCCAAGCAUCAGCUCAGGAGGAGUGGCAAAGCAAAACUAGCCACCUACAGUCAGAGCUCACCCAAGCUACUGCUCAAAAGGAGCUCCUGACUGAACAAAUUCAGAUCCUCCAGGGGAAGAUUUCCUGUUUGGAAGAUGAAAUAAGCAAGGCCACUAUGGAAGAAGUUGGAGAGAAUAUGGGGCCUGUUAUGGAGAGAGAAAUGCUGGAGACUGAGAUCAGCAGUCUGAAGAAUGAGCUGGAGAACACAUUUUGCUCCCUGAAAAAGGCUGAGGUGGAGAUUCAGGCUAAAACACAUCAGCUGGCAGAGUACCAACAAGAAAUUACUCAGCAGAAAGAGCUCCUGAAGCAACAGAAAUCCCAAACUGAAGAACUGAUUCAAACUAAGGAUGAAAUGUUGGACAAGCUGCAAAAGGAGAUCACAGAGCAGAGGGCAGUCCUUCAACAAGAGAUCCAGGAUCUCAAGCUUCAGCUUGAGCAAGUUGAGCAGCAGAAAACGGAGCAGAUGACCAGACUACAAGCACAUAUUUCUGCUUGUGUACAAGAAGUUGAAAAACUGAAAGAAAUUAAGAAAGAGAAGGAAGACCUUCUCAUCCAGACUGAAGAAAGCGUGAAAGAUCUUGAGACAAAGUUAUCUGCUAUCAGUUCUCUCUUGGUUGAUAAAGACCAACAAAUUAACAGUCUCAAAGAAGAAGUAGAUGUUCUUUCAAAUGAAACCAAAAAAGUCAAAGAUGAAAUUCAAGCCAAAGAGGAAACGCUUGCCAAAUUAGUUCUGGAGAAGUCAAAUGAGCAAGAAAUUCUUCAAGAUAAAAUCGAGACUUUAACAGUCCAGGUGGGAGAACUUAACUCGUCUCUCAAACAGGCUGAGCAGGAAAUUCAACAUAAGCAAGAACUACUGGCGAAAACCCAACAAGAGAAUAUCCAAGAAAGAGAGCUACUCCAACAGCAGCUUUUAACCUGUGCAGAGGAGAUUCAGAAGCUAAAUGCAGAGAUACAGGUCAGAAAUGAUCAGCUGGUUGUGUUAAAGAAUGACAGCUCUCAGCAGUCUGAAUUGCUAGAGCAAGAGAUUAAAGGUCUGAAAGGCCAAGUAGAAAGUCUUAAUGACUCUCUUAGAAAGGCUGAGGAACAAGUUCAGACCCAGCUAGUUUUACUUAGCACCCAGGAGCAGGAGAGUGCUCAUCAGAAGGAGCUUCUGCAGCAACAACUGUCUUCUUCUGAAGACAUGGUAAGGAGCAUGAAGGAGGAGAUCCAAGCUAAGGAGGAACAGAUCAACACGUUGAAAAGUCAAAGUUCAGAACAGUCAGAACUACUACAUCAAGAGAUUGGAGAUUUAAAGAAACAAGUGGAGCAUCUUAGUUCCUCACUGAGGUCUGCUGAGGAGACUUUGCAAUCCAAGGAAAAUCUGUUUGCCAAACAGCAAUUACAGAACACCCAGCACAUGGAGACACUGCAGGCAGAGAUGGUAGCGUCUCAAGAGGAGGUGAAAAGACUAAAUGCAGAGAUUCAUGCCAAGGAGGAACAGUUGGCUCAGCUGAAGACUGAGACUUCUACACACUCUGAGUUACUACAGCAGGAGAUUGAAGGUCUGAAUCAACAAAUAAAAAGCAUGAGCAACUCACUUGAGGUCGCCAAAGAUCAGGUUCAAGCUAAAGAAGAUUUGAUGGCCAAGCAGGAGCAGGAAAGCACCUUGCAGAUUGAGGCUCUUAGAAAGCACCGCGUAGACCUUGAGGAGGAGGUAAAUCAGCUGAGGGAGGACAUCCAAACCAAAGAGGCUGAGGUGAACAUGUUAAAGGUCGAAAGCUGCAAGGAGUCAGAAGUGCUACAGAGUGAGAUCCAGACUCUGAAGGAUCAAGUGGAAAGUUUGAGUGAGUCGCUGAAAUCUUCAACAGAGCAGGUUCAGGCUAAAGAAAACCUGCUGGCUCAAAAGGAAUUGGAGAUUUCUCAGGAAAAAGAUAAAUUUCAAAACAUGAUGACAACCUCUGAAGAGGAGAUGCAAAGGCUUAGGGACGAGGUCCAAGCUAAAGAGGAACAACUGGGAGCACUAAAAGAAGAGGGCUUCAUACAUUCUGACAAGCUACAGCAAGAGAUUGGGUGUCUAAAAAACCAACUAGAUACUAUGGCUGACUGUCUCAUUAAGGCUGAGGAGAAAGUUCAGACCCAACAAGUUUUGCUUGACACCCAAGAGCAGGAGAGUGCUCAUCAGAAGGAGCUUCUGCAGCAAGAACUGUCUGCUUCUGAAGAUAGGAUACGGAGCAUGAAGGAGGGGAUCCAAGCUAAGGAGGAACAGAUCAACAUGUUGAAAAAUCAAAGUUCAGAACAGUCAGAGCUACUACAUCAAGAGAUUGGAGAUUUAAAGAGACAGGUGGAGCAUCUUAGUUCCUCACUGAGGUCUGCUGAGGAGACUUUGCAAUCCAAGGAAAAUCUGUUUGCCAAACAGCAAUUACAGGACACACAGCACAUGGAGACACUGCAGGCAGAGAUGGUAGCGUCUCAAGAUGAGGUGAAAAGACUAAAUGCAGAGAUUCAUGCCAAGGAGGAACAGUUGGCUCAGCUGAAGACUGAGACUUCUACACACUCUGAGUUACUACAGCAGGAGAUUGAAGGUCUGAAUCAACAAAUAAAAAACAUGAGCAACGCACUUGAGGUCGCCAAAGAUCAGGUUCAAGCUAAAGAAGAUUUGAUGGCCAAGCAGGAGCAGGAAAGCACUUUGCAGAUUGAGGCUCUUAGAAAGCACCGUGCACACCUUGAGGAGGAGGUAAAUCAGCUGAGGGAGGACAUCCAAACCAAAGAGGCUGAGAUGAACAUGUUAAAGGUCGAAAGCUGCAAGGAGUCAGAAGUGCUACAAAGUGAGAUCCAAACUCUGAAGGAUCAAGUGGAAAGUUUGAGUGAGUUGCUGAAGACUGCAACAGAGCAGGUUCAGGCUAAAGAAAACCUGCUGGCUCAAAAGGAAUUGGAGAUUUCUCAGGAAAAAGAUAAAUUUGAAAACAUGAUGACAACCUCUGAGGAGCAGAUGAGAGGGCUACGGGAGGAGAUCAAGGCUAAAGAGGAACAGAUGAUGCUGUUGAAGACUAACAGCUCAGAUCAGUCGGAUUUACUAAAUCUAGAGAUCCAAAGUUUGAAGCAACAAGUGGAGACUCUUGGUUCCUCACUGAGGAACGCUGAGGAAGAUCUGCAAUGCAAGGAAGAUCUGUUUGCUCAACAACAGCAAGAAAAUAAUCAGCAGAGGGAAGCACUCCAAAGUCUACGGGAGAAAGUUCAACAAGUUGAGAUUCUGCAGGAAAAGAUCUACUCACGUGAAGAAGAGAUUCAAAAGCUAAAAGAAUCUCAGAGUGAGAAAGAAAGCCUCCUCCUCAAGGCUGAAGAGAAGCUGCAGAUCCUCCAGACAGAGUUGUCUGCCGUCAACACACUCAUAGCUGAUAAAGACCAAGGUCUCAACACUCUCAGAGAGGAGGUCGCUGCCCAAGCUAACUUGGUACAAAAAGCAAAAGUGGAAGCUGAAGCCAAUGAGAGAAUUUUGGCUGAGAUAAAGGAGGAGAGCUCCAAACAGACAGAUGCUCUUAAACAUGAGAUCCAGGAUCUGAAAGGGGAAGUGAAGAACAUUUCUGUGAAACUUCUGGCUAAGGAGCAGAUGUUAGUUCAAACUCAACAGGAGUCCGCUGAGCAGACAGACCUCCUCCAGCAGCAGCUCAUCUCAGUGAAUGCAAACCUGAACCAACUCAAAGAGACACAUGCUGCCGACCUCAGAUUGAAAGACACGGUACAGGAGUUGCAGGUUGCCACUCUCAAAGAGAACGAGGCUCUUGUUCAGGAAAAAGAAGUACUCGUGGCCAGGAUACAUCAGGCGGAAAAAGAUCAGACAGCUCUGGAGAAACAACUUGAAGCCAUGGCCUUUGAGAAGGAGAGACUUGCUCAAGCCAAGAAGGCCAUAGAGAAAGAGAACACGGCUUCCCGUAAACUGGAAUCUGCACUGGAGCACGAGCUGGAAGUACUGAAAAUGGAGAAGGAGAAACUCCUGCAAGAGAAAGGAAAAGCUGAAGAAACUGACAUGCAAAAAAGAGACCUGCAGGAGCAGCUCUCGGUGAAAUCAGAGGCCGCAGAACACUACAAGGCACAGAUGGAGAAAGCGGUGAGUCAUUACAAUAGCAAGAAGCUGCUUCUCCAGGAAAGCCAACAGGAGGUGGCUGAACUCAAGAAUUCCUUAGAGGUUAAAGAGAGUGAAGUAAAGACUCUCGCCAUGGAGAAUAAGCUACUUCAUCGAGAUUUGGAGAAGGCCCAAACCAAGGAGAAAGAACUUUUGAACACGGUGGCCAGUUUGAAGGUACAGCUGUCCUUUGCUGACCAUAACCUGCGAGUACAGAAUAAGAUUCAUGGUAGAGAAGGAAGUGCAACUGAGGCGUGUUACUCGGAUGUUCCCAACACACGCUUAAGUAUUCAAAGUAAGGUGAAGAGGACCAUGAGCUCUGACAGCCUGGACCAGAGCUCUCUGGAAGACUCUCUGAACAACACAAGGAAACUUUCAGCACCUGAUGAAUCAAGCACACCACUUGUUCGCAGUUCAGAGCGUUUGGCAGCCAAACGACGGGGUCUACAGGCUGAGUCACUGGAAACACUCUACUUCACACCUAUAAACACCAGACAGAUUAACAGGACCAGCACAGAGAACAAAAUGGAGCUGGAUUCAGCCCGAAAAAAUCCAAGUUCGUCUGUCAAACGACGCAGGACCACUCAGGUUAUCAACAUCACCAUGACCAAGAAAACCCCAGGCUGCAGUGAAGGUGAUGAGACCUUCUACAGUCUGGCCUCAGCUCGCUCCCACCCAAACCUCUCCAAUGCUCAUUCUGCACGACCCGUGUCCAUGGAGCUGUUUAACACGCCUGCCAGAACGAACAGCGACCAACUCAGCGGUUUUCCAGGGUACAGACGGAGCACAAUCCACUCACAGACCACUAGUACAUUCUGUGUGGGGGCAGAGAAUGAGCCAGACGUUGGACCUGAGGAUUGGAUGAGGAUUGCUGAGCUCCAGCACAGGAACAAGGCCUGCCUUCCUCAUCUAAAGAGCAGUUACCCUGUGGAGUCUGAGACUGGCCACAGCGGCGCAUUCAUUUUCACAGACGAAGACGUCCGUACAGGUGACCCAUCUGACACCAUCCGUCGGGCGUCCACGAUGCCCGGCCAGCUGCAAGACUCUCUAGUCUCCCAUCGGCAGUCCCUCAUGGUGGGACAGUUAGGUGCCGCAGCCGGUACUCGUUCUCAUCGUCUGUCCCUGAUGCCGGGCCAGCUGCCGUCAAAGACGGUCAGCUCCUCUCAGCUGAGAAGCCCGAAAGGCACAAAGCGGUCUUCAUCUACACUGUCCAUCUAUCAGACAUCGCCUGAGAAAAAGGUGAAGGCCAGCUGCUUCCCCCGUCCCCUCACUCCCAAAAACAAGAAUUUGAACAGUGGAUCCAGCAGCUCUCAGUUUCUCUCGAUCCCCAGUCCAGCUGAGCGGAGGCAGUCUAUGGCUUUCACUAUUGACAACACCCCUAAAAACAACAACUACCUGAAGAAAGGGUUGAACAAACUCCGCAGUUCCACCAGGAAAUCCCCUGGCAAAAGUUCGAAGAAGUCGCCUGCUCAGACAACUGCCCGCAAGUGUCAGGAAAACGUGUCGUCAGUAAAUUCUCGCGCUGGAGUAGGACGAACAAGCCGAGCUGGCAGCUUUAAGUCACCCCAAGUGACAACUAAAGGACAGAGGAAGUCUCCACAAACCACCAGCAGAGCCGCAAAGUCUCCUGGACUAACGGCUAGUGCUCGCAAGAUGAUGAGGAGGAUGAAGGUGUGAGGACUGGUUUCCAAAUUGGAUUUAUGAUCUACGGUUCUACUUGAUCAUACUUUUUUUUUUUCCUCACCAACACAAUUUUAUUUUUGUUGUCCUUCCGGAUUUUCUUUUUACAAUCUUGUCUUAAUCUGCCUUUAAUUUUUCUCUGUAUUAUAUUUACAUGUUUGUCAAUAAAAACCUUUAAAUGACACAUUGUGGAAAUGCCUGAAGAUUUCUGCCUUAUAAUGGUAAAAGUUGACAGGAACAAAUGCAGCAGCACAAGUUUCCUCAUGCUUUAACUGCACCUGCUGAGCUGUUUCUGCACAAUGGAUCUGACCUCAAAAAGGUUUUCAUGAUACCACAAAGUAGCUAACGCUGCAGAAGACAUAACUUUCUCCUACCAUAUGAAGUUUGGAUGCCCUUUCCAGUUCUAAAAAGCAAUA